AUGCCACACCCCGCUGCUGCCCACGUCCUGGAACCCCAGGGCGGCCCAGGAGACCCAGGUGGUCACCAGGAAGCCGGGGCCUCGUGCCGGGAAAGCCGGGCCCGCCGUACCCGGUGGGAGCAAGAGACCACACCCUCAGAACACACCCCGGCUGCAGAGACCACACCCUCAGAACACACCCCGGCUGCAGAGACCACACCCUCAGAACACACCCCGGCUGCAGAGACCACACCCUCAGAACACACCCCGGCUGCAGAGACCACACCCUCAGAACACACCCCGGCUGCAGAGACCACACCCUCAGAACACACCCCGGCUGCAGAGACCACACCCUCAGAACACACCCCGGCUGCAGAGACCACACCCUCAGAACACACCCCGGCUGCAGAGACCACACCCUCAGAACACACCCCGGCUGCACCUCCCAUGCAGUGCUCAGGAAGCCGGGGCGAGGGCAGCGCCGGUGGGUCUCCCCCGUCACAGCUGGAGGACGCUGAGCCAGCACAAGGGUGGCUUGCCAAGGCCACUCGGCACUUGGAGGAGAACCUCGCCUCCUCCCAGGCCUUCCCGCACCGUGACACUCGGAACGGGCUCCGUGCAGGAUCCCAGACACAGCCCGCCUCGGGCAACCGAGGCCCCAAAGGAGAGGCCCAGACGGACGGCCACCCUUUCUCUGUCCCGGGUGCCCUGAUGAGACUAGGAAUUGAGGAGCAGCUGAAGGAGUGUAGAGAAGCAAAGCGAGGCGCCACGGUAGACACUUGGGACGAGCGGGAACCUGCGCCGUCCCGCCUGCGCCUCUGUCUGUACCGCCGCACCGAUGGCAGCCCGGGGAUCGAUGCCAUCCACGCCGAGAGGCGGCAGGAGCCCCAGAGUGCAUGCUACGCGGCAGCCCCAACGGGCGCGCAGGGCCGGCGGGCAGCGCGAGCCCCCGGGGCGCGCGUGGGGCACCGGGGCGCCGGCCGCGACUGUUUAUCUUCCAGGGCUGGGGAUGCACCACGCGGCCCCGCCACGGAGCGUGGGCGCGGGGGGCUCUGCGGCCCCGAGGUGCACGUGCGGGCGGCUUCCUCGGCGGCGUCACCAGCCUCUCGCUCCCCUCCAGCCCACGGAGCGGACACUGGCCACGGGACGCUGUGCUCCCGGGUGGCAGGAGCGGGUCCAUGGAAAUGCGCGGCACACGACACGUCUGGAGCCCACGAGCGGGGGGCGGGGAUGAGGGAUCGGGGCCCCCUGGCUGUGAAGGGCGGCGUGGACACGUGGAGGCCCCCGCUCAGCCAGCCGCAGGGUGGGGAGUGCGCCCGCCCAUCCCCGGCCCGCCCGGCCUCUGCCCUGGGCCCCCCGCCGCACCCAGCCGGGGCCCCAGUCCCAGCACCCAGGAAGCCCCUGAGCGCCAUUGUCCCCCCUGCCCCGGGUGGGCGGGCCGCAAGAGAAGCUGGCACCCAGGGCGUCCCGGGAGGCAGCCAGGUUCCCACGGGCCGCACCCCCCCCGCCCCCCGGACCUCUGCCCGGACGCACGCGCCCCUGGAUCUUUGCUGCAGGACCUGCGCCUUGCGGAGCCAUCCACCUCGAGGCGGCCGCAUCCAAGGAGCGAGGAAACCCCAGCCCCCCGGGAGGCCUGGGGACGAGCCCAGCCCUGGAGCUCCCCCCGGGCAGCGGGCAGGGGCAGCGGGCAGCGGGCAGCGGGCAGGGGCAGCGGGCAGCGGCAGCGGGCAGCGGGCAGCGGCGUGGGCGGCCGGGGUGCCCGGCGCGGGGGUGGCCCCGGAGCGCCCUCCCCGGGGAGCCGGGCGGGGGUGCAGCUGCUCGGGCCGAGCCGCCACGUUUGCCCGGGCUUUCGAUCACCCCGACCCCACGUCGCCGCUCAUCCGAUACCCACCGCGUGGGUCCGGUUUCCUGAAAGCCGAGGCCUCGCGGGCCGUGGCCAGCGCCUUCGCACGACACCGGCCCGGAGAUCACAGGCGGCCCGGCCGCCCGCCCGCGAUUGCGUUUCACGACCGGCGAGCCCCGCAGCGGCCCCCCAACCGGCGAGGGAAGCGCAACUGGGGGAAGAACGUCGUUUUGCCAAGGGCUUUCCAAGCCGAGCUGUGGCCGAGGAGCCGCCACGCCCGGUCCACCUGCUGUCGCGCUCUCUCCGGGCGUGUCCUGCCCCCACGGAGACCGGCGGCCGCGGGCAGCGCGGGGAGCCCGCCGGCGGGCAGCGCCGGGCCCCGGGGCGGCACCGCCACGCUGCGAUCGGGGGCUCCCGUCUGA